GAGAUGAUUGGUCAAGACUACGAUUAAUACGAAUAAAAAAUCAUCAAAAUGACGUGGUUUUUACUAUGGACUUUUAUUUUUCAAUAUGUAUUGAUAAUUAACGCCAAGGGUAACUUUUUGGUUGUGGCACCCGACACCCUACAAUCUUACAUCGAUUAUGAAGUAGCCGUUACCCUGCAUAGUGCCGAUAUGGACAGUGUAAUUAAGGUCAGCCUGGACGGACCCUCGUUUACCAGGUCCCAGUCGAUUUACAUUCAGCCCAUGUCCACCCGGAAACUAUCCUUCAAUAUCCCGAAACUCACAGGUGGUGAAUACCAACUCACAGCUGAGGGUCUUCAGGGCAUCAUUUUCAAGGAAUCCAAGAAGCUUUUCAUGUCCGAGGACAAGGCCUCGAUCUUCAUCCAGACAGACAAGGCCACCUAUAAGCCGGGCGACCUCCUACAAUUCAGAGUCCUCUUCCUGGACAGGCAAACCCGCCCCGCCAGGAUCGACAAGCCCAUCACGAUUGAGAUCCACGACGGGGAUAAGAACCUCAUCAAGCAGUGGAAGGAGGUCAAGCCGACCAAAGGUGUUUUCUCCGGAGAGCUCAAUCUGUCCGAACACCCGGUUCUGGGAAACUGGACGAUGGCCGUUCAGGUGCAGGACGAGGGCAGGGUGACCAAGGAUAUAAAGGUGGACAAGUACGUGCUGCCGAAGUUCGGAGUCAGGAUCCACACUGCUGAACACGUGGUGGCCAGCAACGGACAUAUUAGGACGGCCAUUUAUGCCAAGUACUCCUUCGGCAAGCCGGUGAAGGGCAAGGCCACCAUAUCAAUAGAGGGGGGCCGAUCUGAGAAGACCGUCGACAUUGAUGGAAAGGUCAAUGUGGAGCUACCCUUUGCUUCCACCGACAAGUCGCCACUGAAAGUGGUAGCCACCGUGACCGAGGAGCUCACGGACCUCAAGCAGAAUGGCUCCGCCUAUGUGACACUUCAUCAGAACCGCUACAAACUGAUCGCUAUCCGUUGGCCAGAAAACUUUAGGGGCGGACAGAACAUUACCUUCCCUGUUGCGGUCACAAAUGUUGACGGUACGGCGGUCAUGCACCCCACCAGCAACCUUACAUUUAACUUUUCAUGCUGUGGACAUUCAAAAAUCAUUGAGAAGCCCUUAAUAUCUAGUGUAGCUAAAGCAGCAAAGGUGUUUCCCGAUAGUAGGUGCGGCAAAUGUGAGGUGUCCACCGCUUUUGAAGGAGCAGUCAACCUUACCCAAACUAUAUCAAAGCUCGAAAAGUCACUGAGGAUCGAGCUUAAUAACACGAAGCACUAUCUGAGGCAGAGAGUUGAGUUCCAAGUUAUAUCCUCUGAGGUCCUACCCUACUUCAUGUUCACGGUUGUGGCUCGUGGAAAAAUCGUCGUUAAUAAGUACGUGCAAGUAGCUCGGGACGUCGGAAAUAAGCAUUUCAGCUUCCAACCCACUGUCGAUAUGAUGCCCCAAGCCACGAUUUGUGUGCACUACGUGGUGAACGGGGUCAUGCACUCGGACGAGAAAACGAUCGAAUUUGAGAAGGACUUUGGAAACUCGAUUGAAAUCAGAGUGCCGGAAAAUGCAGAUCCCGGCCAAAAUGUGAGUCUGGAAGUGAGGACCGAUCCCCAUUCCUUCGUAGGACUCUUGGGAGUCGACCAGAAAGUCCUGUUUUUAAGGUCUGGAAAUGACCUCAGCCAGGAACACGUAAUUAACGAUCUCAGAAAGUACGGGUCAACUGGCGUGGUGACCCUAACCAAUGCAAAUGUAAGCACCAUUGAAGAGGGGGGCGAAUGUAUCUUUGAAAAUGGAUCAUGCGGUGUUGAAAGUCGAACGAAUUUUAAGUACACUAGUUCGCAUAAAGGAAAGCAAACAGCUGCAGUGAAGUCUGUGCAGUCAACCAGUGCGGAAGUUUCACAUCCGCCAAUUCGUCAGGAGUUCCCAGAAACCUGGCUGUUUAUGAACAUAACUGACGUGUCCGAAAAUGGAUUUGAAAUGGUGCAUAAGGAGAUUCCCGAUACGAUCACCUCCUGGGUAAUCACUGGCUUUUCCCUGAACCCGAUUUCGGGCUUCUCCAUGACCAAGAGCCAUUCCAAAAUCCGUGUGUUCAAGCCAUUCUUCGUAUCCUCAAACCUGCCCUACUCCGUAAAGCGAGGCGAAGUUAUAGCCAUACCGUUGGUGGUGUUCAACUACAUGGAUAGUCCUGUGAGGGCGACGGUGACGAUGGACAACUCUGACCAGGAUUACGAGUUCUCCGAGGUCAUCAAUGCGAAUGAGGCGAGGAGUCUGCAGGAGGGACAGAGGUCAAAAGCAAUCUGGAUACCAGCCAACACCGGCGCAAGCGUCUCGUUCAUGAUUCGCCCCAAGAAGAUUGGAGUGACCAUCCUGAAGAUCAUCGCCAAGUGUCCCAUUGGCCAGGACAUCAUCCUCGAAAAGCUAAAGGUGGAGCCCGAUGGCGUGACAAAGUACGUCAACAAAGCCAUUUUAGUCAAAGCGAAUCGGUUGCAUCGUCGAAGUUUGGAGCCCUAUGAGAACACGCUGAGUGUGGACGUAAUACCCACGGACAUUGUGCCCGACUCCGAAUUCGUAGAGUUAGAAGUGGGAGGGGAUUUAACAGCCCCCACAAUCACAAACAUUGAUAAUCUGGUGCGCUUGCCCCGCGGCUGCGGAGAGCAGAAUAUGGUAAACUUCGUGCCCAACAUCCUGGUGCUGCGCUACCUGGAGGCUACCAAACGCCGGGAACCCGCUAUCGAAAAGCAGGCCAAAAAGUUUUUGGCCUCUGGCUAUCAGACGGAGCUGUACUUCAAGAAAAAAGACGGCUCAUUCAGUGUCUUCACCAAUGCUGCAAGCAGUACUUGGCUUACUGCCUAUGUGAUCCGCUCCUUCCACAUGGCAGCCAAGUUCACCGACAUAGAUCCCUCUCUCUUGACAGCUGGUCUAGAUUUCCUUGCCAGCAAACAAAAGGAAAACGGCGAGUUCCCGGUAAAUGGCGCCCUAUACAGUGACAUCAAAAAUCCCCUGGCCUUCACCUCCUACGUCCUGCUUACCUUCUUCGAGAACAAGGAGCAUAUCCCAAGAUACCAGCGUGUGAUCGAUAGGGCCGUGCAAUUCGUGGCCUGCGAGGUGAACAGCUCCAAUGAUCAGUACUCCCUGGCCAUCGCCGCCCUGGCUCUGGCCAAGGCCAAGAACUCCAAGGCCGGGUCGGUUCUGGCCAGGCUGGAGAGUAUGGCCCGGCGCAAGGGUGACCGCAAGUGGUGGUCCAAGAAGCCCAAUUCCGUUGGCAGCCACGACGUCGAGCUGACCUCCUAUGUGCUGCUCGCCAUGCUGGAGCACGGCAUCACGGACUCGCCCAUGACCAUCGCCGACUGGCUGGUUGCCCAGCGGAACAGCAACGGGGGCUUCCGCUCCACCCAUGACACGGUUAUGGGCCUGCAGGCCCUGACCCAGUUCGCUAUCGAGACGUCUUUGCCCGUCGGAGACAUGGACAUUCUCUUCGCCCUUUCCAAAUUCGGAGCUAAAUCCUCCCUUAAGGUCACCCCCGAAAAGGCGCUAACAGUGCAGUCCCACGUGCUUCCGAAGACCACCCGAGAGGUCCAUGUCUCGGCCUCGGGCAGGGGUGUUUCCUUGGUGCAACUCUCGUACCGCCACAAUGUGGUCACCAAGGAGGAGUCGCCCAGUUUCAAGAUAAAGACUACGGUUAAGGACUCGCCCAUUAAUCGUCUCGAGCUCGAAAUCUGCUCCGAAUACACUCCCGUUGAGGCGAGCGACAAGGGAAAACCCUCUAACAUGGCGGUCAUGGAGGUCCAGUUGCCCUCCGGUUUCUUGGCCGAUGCCGAUGAUCUGAAAAGGACCAAGUCCUCCCCCGAUGUGAAGAUCGUGGAGACUAAGAAGGGCGACACCAUGGUGGUCGUCUACUUCGAAAGCCUGUCGCCUGGUGACCCCAAAUGCGUAACCGUAACGGCAUCCCUCGUCCACGCUGUCGCCUUGCAGAAGCCUUCCUACGUAGUCCUCUACGACUACUACGUCCUGGAGCGACGGGCCACCGAGUACUACGCGGUGAGAUCGUCCCUAUGCGAAAUCUGCCAGGAUGAAGAGUGCCGACGUGGUUGUUAAAAAAUUUAAGGUGGAAUCGGACUCCAAAGGAAACCCAACUCACUAAAAAAUGAAAUAAAUAUUAUCAUUUUUAAAUAUUUCGUCUUAUUUAAAAAAGGGUGUUUCAAUUAAACCUCUAGACAUUAAUAAUACUUAUUAAAAAUGCGUUUUAAAAAUAUU